UAAUUUCAUUCGUUUGUUUUUGCAUUGCGAUCAUUGCUUGCAGUUAAAUGUUUUAAUUUGCUUAGAAAUAAAUUGUAAAUUUUCCUUUUACUCGGCUCAUAGAUUAGGUAUGAGGUACCUGAUCUGUAACAACAAAUUAAUAAAGAAGUGGCAUCGAGUGUUUGAUAUUUAAAUCUAAACAAGAAUACUUGAUAACUCAUAAUAAUUACUAUGGGUAGUCCUGAGCGCGAGCUGUGUCCUCCGCCAUCUGAAGAAGAUGAAUUGACGUUACCUAGAGCCAGCAUUAAUAAAAUGAUCAAAGAAUUGGUGCCUUCAGUUCGAGUUGCUUUUGAAUCAAGAGAACUGAUAUUAAAUUGCUGUACAGAAUUUAUUCAUUUACUUAGUUCUGAAGCCAAUGAAGUUUGCAAUCAAAAUAAUAAAAAGACAAUUAACGCAGAGCAUGUACUCAUAGCAUUGGAUAGAUUAGGUUUCAAUGAUUACACAAUAGAAGCGGAGGCUGUUUUGAAGGACUGUAAGGCAGUGGCUGCAAAGAGAAGGAGGCAGAGCACCAGAUUAGAAAACCUAGGAAUACCAGAAGAAGAAUUACUGAGGCAACAGCAAGAGUUAUUUGCAAAGGCUCGAGAAGAACAAGCAAAACAAGACCAGCAGCAAUGGUUGUUACUUCAGCAGCAGGGCUUAGCUGGUCCUGAAGGAGCUCCACAGCCAUAUGUUCCACCUCCUUCUGGAAUCAAAAUUGAGGAUGAGGAAGAUGAUGAUUACUCAUAAACAUGAUAGUGCCAACCAAUAGCAAGAUUGACUACAACAAACACGGAUAUCAGUAAAAGUCCUUGAUGCUUAGUUUGCUGGAUGCUCCUGUAUUUUGAUGUCUAAUAUCCAGUUUUUGUUGUUUUUAUUAAUUUAAAUCUUCCUUAUUUUUCAUUCCAUAAACUGUGAUUAAAUAAUAUGAAAAAUAUGGAGUAGAGUAUACAAAUACAUUACGAAAAUAAGUUUAACAUAACCAACUUUUUUACAAAGAAAUAAAAUUAAAUUGUUCAGUUCA